CUUCUGCUGCUGCUGCUGUGGUGGGAGGCUAGCCUCGGUGUUAGCCCGUCACUCAGCUGUUAUGAGACCCAGCCACAGCUGAAGGAACACAUCUCCCACACAGGACCAGAGGAGCAUCGGCUGUCAGCGGGAGAAUGUCCCGCGGUGUCAGCGGCGCAGACCGGGAGGCCAGCAGGCCGUUGCUCGGCGGAGAUCCGCUCAAUCCAACCGGGCUGGACUCGGAUGAAGGCGAGGUCAUUUUUAACCGAGCGGCGGCGAGCUUUUCUGAUGAAGCUGGAACCAAAAGGCUGAGCUAUGAGGAGGCGGUGGAAGAAGCAGGUUUUGGUUUGUUCCACUGGCUGCUGCUGGUGGUGUGCGGCUGGGCCAACGCCAGCGAUGCCGUGGAGAUCCUCUGCGUGUCCUUCCUGCUGCCCACGGCGCGCUGCGAUCUGCUGCUGAGCUCCUCGGACAUGGGCCUGCUCACUGCCAGCAUUUUCCUCGGAAUGAUGUUUGGUGGCUACAUGUGGGGAUAUCUGGCUGACCUGAGGGGGCGGCGGAAGGUCCUGGUGGUCUCUCUGGCCAUUAACGGGCUGUUUGGGGGUCUGGCCAGCCUGGCUCCGUGGUUCUGGCUCUUCCUGCUACUUCGGUUCAUCAGCGGCGUCGGGGUUGGUGGCUCCAUCCCCGUCAUCUUCUCCUACUUCUCAGAGUUCAUGCCCCGGCUGAGGAGAGGCGCAAUGAUCAGCGCUCUCGCCACCUUCUGGAUGGCAGGAAACAUCCUGGCUGCAGGUCUGGCCUGGUUGGUGAUUCCUAGAACUUGGGCCCAUUUCGCUCUGGGGUCUUUAGACUUCCAGAGCUGGAGGCUGUUCGUGGUGCUCUGCUCCAUUCCCAGCAUCUCAUCCGCCAUCCUCUUCAAGCUCCUCAUGCCUGAGAGCCCAAAGUUCCUCAUGGAGGCUGGUCGGGAAAAAGAGGCGAUCCAUGUUUUCAAGCUGAUGUUCCAGCUGAAUAUGAAGGGAACAGAAAAGCCUUUUCCGGAAUUUGCUUUGCAUAUAAACUCCAAUCAGAGAGGGGAAAUCAUAGAGAACGGGUCUGUGGAUACAAAGAGUAUGUUCCUCAUACGCUUUUUAAAACAGGGCUUGCUUCCCAUCAAGCAUAUAUUCAGUGGUUCUAUCAAAACCAGAAGCAUCGUCCUGCUCAUCAUCUUCUACUGCAUCUCCUUUGGGUACUACGGACUGUGGAUGUGGUUCCCUGAGCUGUUUGCUCGGAUCGAGAGCAGCGGUGGUUCUCCUUGUGCCAACGUGUCCCUCCCGUCUCCACUCAACAACCAGAGCUGUUACCCAGUCAAGACAGCAGUGUACAUGGAGGGCUUCACCAUCGCUGCCUCCAACCUGCCAGGAAACAUCUUCACCAUCCUCAUCAUGGACAGCAUAGGCGGGAAGACUCUGCUCUCCUGCAGCCUGCUUGUGUCCAGCCUGAGCGUAUUCCUCAUCUACGUGGUUCAGACCAAAGCCCAGAGUCUGGCUCUGUCCUGCAUCUUCAGCGGCGUGUCUGUCAUUGCCUGGAACGCCUUGGACGUGGUGGGAACUGAGCUCUACCCGACCCAGCUCCGGUCCUCUGCUCUGGGCUUCUUCACCGGGGUUGGCCGAGUGGCAGCCAUCAUGGGUAACGUGGUCUUUGGAAAGCUGGUGGACUCCAACUGCACCGUGCCCAUCCUGCUGGUGUCAGCUCUGCUGCUGACGGGAGGAGUGGUGGCUCUUCUGCUCCCACAGACUAGGCAGACGGAGCUCACCUGAUGGUCCUGCAAAGCUCCAGACUAUGAAUAAAUCCAAACUUUCAAGAGCUGUCAGCCAAAUCUCUUUGCCAAAAGGCAGAAGAAACAUUUGUAAACUUCCCAGAGGCAAAUGUUUGUGUAAUGGAUGCGUUGUGGUUUCCUGCGGAAAAGAGAUGCACCCAUCAAAACUCUGUGGGGUUUUUGAGCUCUUGCCAACUCAUACAGAUUUUAGCUGAAUGCGUUUUUUCCCCUUAAUUAUUUUAAUUUGACCAAAUUUACAAAAACAAAUUUAGAAUGUUUUUUCCUAGCCUUCCUGUCCUGAGCAGUCUUUAAUGAUCUACUCUAAAGCAGAGGGACUGUCAGUCUGCCUGGGAAUCCAAAAAGAACGUGAUAAAACUGAGAAGCUUCGCUUUUGUCCAUUCAACCUUCCUGUUAUCUGCUAAAAGUUUUGCUCUCCUCCUCCAGCCGUCCAAAAAUCGCAUAGUAAAUAGUUUCCUUUUAAACGGCGUCUGUAAACCACCAAUAUCUGACUGAUGGUCUUCUUCACUCCAGAACAACUUCCCCACCUGAGAGCUUUUAGAGCAGCAUGUCAGCCUCUAGGUACGCUGCAUUCACUUUUCAUUCAGAAAAUUAGAUUUUUCGCUUUCUCUACAGGCUAGUCACCUGUUGGGGCUAAUCAAGCUGAAAGUCACCACCUGAUUUGUUUGUGCAUUUCUACCCAACAGAUGAAGGAGUUGGGUAUUAAAACUUGACCAAAGCCUUACUGUUAUAAUCAAAUAGCAGAUUUAGAAAAAUCUGCUUCAGGGAUUGAAUUUCUGAACAUUUGUGAACCAAACGUUUUUGUUUUAUGUUUGAUAAAUUUAUAAGUCCUUUGUGUUUGACUUAAGUUGUUUCAGAUGACCAUAUUCCACAAGGUGUAAAAUUAUGCAGCCAGGAUGUUAUUUAAAUGGAGAGCCUGCUAGUUUACACACAUCUUUUUAAUUAAUGUUGAAUGAAGGAGCCUUUUAAAUGAUUUAGGACUGCAACUAACAGUCAUUUUGCAAAUUGAUUAACCUGUCGAUUAUUUUUUGAUUAAUAAUCAGAGAGCAAAAGGUUCCUUAUAGAAAUUUUCGUACUAAAUUACACCAGUUUAAACUAAAACUUUCCAAUGGAGGAGUUGUGGUUAGAGCACAUCGACAGAUUAAAACCUUUUUUCUAUCAUAAAUGCAAAAUGUUUAUAUAUUUUUACAAUCUUUGUGUAAUUCCCGCUCUAAGUGGGUCGCUCUGUCAGCUAAAGGCGUGUUUUAGAGUCUCUGUA